AUGGCUUCAGUCAACAGUGCACCGAGGAAGCCGAAGAUCGUUAAGAUUGAGCCGCUGGAAAACAAGGACGCAAAGUGGGCUACAUUCAUCAAGACUACCUACACUGAUCCCGAAGGCGUCGAGCGCACUUGGGAGUCUGGCGAGCGCCUUACGCGACCCAAGGGUAUGGAUAUUGACGGCGUCGGUGUUGCAGCCAUUCUUCAAGAUCCUGCAAAGCCAAACGACGAACCGCGCAUCGUCCUCCAAAAGCAAUGGCGUCCGCCAGUCAAUGCCACUGUCAUCGAAGUUCCAGCCGGUCUCAUGGAUCCUGGUGAGAGUGCUGAAAUGUGUGCGCUUCGCGAGCUCAAAGAAGAGACGGGCUAUGUUGGUGAACUAAUCGAAGACCAAACCUUUCGAAUCAGCCCUAUCAUGUUCAAUGAUCCGGGUUUUUGCAAUACCAACUUGAGAAUGAUCCACGUUACUGUCGAUUUGUCUCUUCCAGAGAAUCGCAAUCCGCAGCCAAGCCUCGAGGAUAACGAAUUCAUUGAAACAUUCUCGGUUCCACUGAAAAGCCUAUGGGAUGAGUGCAUUGCUCUCGAGAAAGAAGGGUAUGCCAUCGAUGCAAGAGUGGGCACUUUGGCGGAAGGAAUAGAGUUUGCGAAGCGAUGGAAGUUCGCAUAG